CUGAGAUGUUCCAGCACCACCAAGCUGCCCAUGCUGGGGCCUUAAUCUCUUAAUGAACCAGCUGAGAUGAAUGUCAAUAUGAGGCUACAGAAGUAGAUUUCCUGCUGAAAUGAAUGCUUCGUCCACAAGUACGGUAAUACCGCUCCUGACCCGAUCUGUCAAUACCGUCAAGGGCUACUUUAAUUCCUCCACCAGGGGAACUUCCUUCCCUCACUCUUUUCCCGGAGACAAACACGGCCUCGUAUGUGCACGAACUUCAAGAAACAGGAAAAAGCGAGAAUAUCGCUAUAAUCUAAGCGCUAACAGGAACUAACUUGCGUUCGCGUUCCGAAACAUUGACUGUAACUAUAAACUGUAACCAGUAUCCCCAUUUCAUCACACACGUCAUCGAUGUGAUUAUUUUCCUCCAACAGCACAACAGUGCGUUUUAUUACUUAGGUGGAAUUUUUGCUUUAGCAGAUCAGCCUUACGCGCUCUUCGCUCAGAUCGACGAAGCCGGGUUAUUCAGGAAGCGGCUCUCGGAAGAGGCUCUCAGCGGCCGGGCGUGACCCGUGACAACCUGUGAUCAAUCCCACGUUCCUGACGGCACUUGAACUCAUCACACAUUAACAGAUUGUGUGUGAUUGUGGGUGUUUUUCUCCGAAUCCUGCGUGCUCGUAGGAAGUCCGAUACGCCAGAUAACUUUACACUCAUUCACUCCACCUUCUCCCAAGGUUAUAUUUAUACCCAUAACAACGUUUUUACUGAUUUUAUACUGAUUCCAUUGUUAUGGUGCUAUUUCAUCCCGUAACGAUUAAAACAUUCCCUUUUUUUUUGUUGUUUUUUUUUCUUCCCCCGCUCACAGUUUGCCUCUUUCAAGGCUGAUGUGUGUACACACUCCACCGCCUCCAGGAGCAUGUCAGGUCACCGUGGCAACAGUGCAGGGCACCGGUGGCGGUCUGGUGGAGUCUGAGCGUAUCCCAGCAUGCACCAGCUCUUCCAGUUAGUUCUGGGUCAGAGGGACCUGUCCCGAGCAGGAGACCUUUUCUCUCUGGAUGAUGCUGAGAUCGAGGACUGUCUGUCCCAGGCGCUGGAGGAGAUCAAGACCAUCUCCUGCCAUCCUGAUUACGUGACUAAUGACAAUGACCAGGCGGUGGUGGAGAUCUGCAUCACGCGCAUCACCACGGCGAUCCGGGAGACGAGCUCGAUGGAGCGGCAUGGCUCGGCGCUCGUGGCUCUGUGGGAGUCGUGUCUGGAGCACAAUCUUCAGCCGCAGGGCAAAGACGAGGACACGCCACACGCCAAGAUCGCCUCGGACAUCACCAGCUGCAUCCUGCAGAACUAUAACCGGGCUCCGAUGAUGGCGCUGGCCGUCCCGGUGGCCGUGCGCUUCCUGCGACAGGGGAAUCGCGAGCUGAGCCGCAACAUGUCCAGCUACCUGAGCCUGGCCGCCAUCGCCAAGGCCGAGCUCCUCGUCCAGCACACCCAGGCCAUCAUCAUCAGCGUGCUGGGAGGUAACAGCAUGCUGCUGCGGGUCCUUCCCUCCGUGUAUCCUCUAGAACCGGAUCCGAUCCACCAGCACAUCCAGGACCUGGUACUUAUGAUUCCCGAUCUAGACCAGACGAGCAGACAACACUUACUCCGACUGCUCCAGAUGAUCUCUGAUCGACACCCACAGGUGUUGAGCUGUCUCGUGCCGUCUCUCAUCGAUCACCUGAGUGACGCCUCUUCCAGCGACGCCCUUCUCGCCGUGUUGGUGAAUAUAGCAAAGGUUAGCCCCGCCUCACUGAGCCCGUUUCUCCCAGCGCUGAGGACCGUGGGUCAGCAGACGCCAGGGCUGCUGGGACAUGUAGCUAAGAUCCACGGGGCGGUCGGUCUGACCAGUGAGGCUCUGGCACGGGAGGCUCUACGGUACCUGGUGUCACUGUUGGCAUGUAUGGAGCACAGCGUCCAUCACACAGUGCUGCUGGAGAUUCACAGCGUGACCGAGCGCUACAGCGCCAUCAUUGGCGGAGGAGCCAAAGACAUCUACCGCAUGAGCAACAGCUUCAGCGCCAUCGCUCGACUGCUGGGACGCAGGCUACAGGCUGAUCCUUUAACGCCAUGCAGAGAAAGCAAGGAGGUUGCAGAUCCAAAGCGGUGCGAAUCCGAUUCCAGAAAGCGGGAUGACGUGAAGAUCCAGGCUUUUGAGGAGAAACUAGAGGAGGAGGCGGCGGCGGCAGCGGCGGCGGUGGCGGCGGCGGCUCAAGAGGAAGCUGAGAGGGUCUCACCGGCACCCCAAAGGUGUCACAGCCUGGACCAGGUGGCACGAGACGAGCACCGCGACAUCAGGUUCAAUCGGUCUAAGAGUCUGGCUCUGCACGCUGUACAGACGCGCUCCACGAAUCCCGACUGCAUCCAGGACAGAGAAGGGGAACUAAACACUGAGGACUACCCGAUUGAGGCCACCCUCUGCCAUGAGAUCGGUCCAGCAGCUUCUUUUGCUCAGGAAGAGCACAGUGAGCACCAGGACUCGGCUUUUCAUGGGGAAAGAGACCGGCUAUGGAAACACCUCCGGGACAACUUGGAGAAGAUCCGAGUCUUCUGCGCCGAUAUGGUCACGCAGAUCCCGAUUCCUGAGCAUUGCACCAUCGAAGAUACCCAGCGAGGCUGUGUUGCAAAGCUGUCCUUCUCGUGUCCAAUGAAAGGUCAUUACUGUCUGUAUGGGAAAUCCAGCUUCUCGCUGUGCAGCCCUCAACCCCACCUCUGGAUACGGAUCAUGCUGCUCGCUCUGCAGAGCAAGACGGAUGAAGCUCUGAGCUCUGAGGAUGUGUGUGUGCAGCAGCUCAGGAGACUUUGGGAGAAAACACAGCUUAAAGGAGCUCACAGCUUCGAGCUGGCCAUGACUCAAACUGCUGUGCCACAGAAGAAGGACUUGGACAGUCUGCAGAUCCACCUGGAGGAGGUACGCUUCUUUGACCUCUUUGGCUACAGUGAGGAGGAGGGAGGCUGGCUGUGCUUCAUGUGCAACAACCCAGAGAAAGCCACUGUGGUGAAUCAAGACGGCCAGCCGCUCAUCGAGGGCACGUUAAAGGAGAAACAGGUGCGCUGGAAGUUUAUCAAACGCUGGAAAACGCGCUACUUCACUCUGGCUGGUAACCAGCUCCUCUUCAGGAAAGGGAAAUCAAAGGAUGAGCUGGACGACAACACUAUCGAGCUAAGCAAAGUGCAGAGCGUGAAGGUGGUGGCAAAAAAGCGACGGGACCGCGGCCUACCUCGAGCUUUCGAGAUCUUCACGGACAAUAAGACGUACGUGCUGAAGGCCGAGGACGAGAAGCACGCAGAGGAAUGGCUGCAGUGCAUCAACGUGGCUGUAGCGCAGGCCAAAGAGCGCGAGAACCGAGAGGCUACGACGUACCUGUAGGUCCGUGCCACCCGGGGAACGCAGGAGUGAGCGUCGAGAACUCUUUUAAGAACUACUAGACGAAAAGGCACUAUGGGAAAUGGUAGACUGUUUUGUAAUAUCCACUAUAAAUCCUGGAGCCAUUUUGCACAUGAGCGGCAUGACAAGUGAUGAUGUGGUUUUCCAGUAUUCAAGUGGGGGGGGGGGACUCCAUCCUGUACCGGACUCUUAAAGCUUUGAUCAUUCAGUACGUGGGGUGAAGAUGACAAGAUUAAAGCCGGCUGUAUAGCUCAAACGAAAAAGACGUGACGCAGAAAGAUUCGUUUUGUGCAAGAAAGAGGCUGUGGUUUCGAUUCAUUCAUACCCCAUGGUCAAAAACAGAACUCCUAACCACCGUGUCUUUUGUUCUGCGACGGGUCUAAAUAUUAUAUAAAUAUUAUAUGGUUGCUUUGGAUCUCUGGACAGAGCUGCAGUAUGAUUUCCAGGUCCAUUGUUUGUGCAGUUGUAGCUAGCGGUCAUGGAAACACUAACAGUGGAGUUACAAAAAGCAGUACUAGUUUUCAAAACGUACUGGGAUCCUGCGUAUAGUUUAAUCAAUAUAUACGAAUUCCACGACGUUCAUCCUCUCACCUCCUGGUGUCUCGUUAGCAGUGUGAGGAAGUACACUGUGGAACAGCACACACACUCCGAGCUGUAAUUAAAUCAUCUUUAAAUCCUGCCUAAUCUAUUCAGGGAGAACACACUGUGCUGUGCUCGGUCUCUAUUAAUCCCCCUCUCAACCCUGCAGGAAGACACUGGAUGUUCUCGGACAUAUGAGAACACGGACGUUCACUCUGGGGCAAAAAAAAUUCGUUCCAAUUGUUCAAUGUUAGGAGCCACUUCCUGCGAAGACCAAUACACCAGAGCAGAGCUUCUCAACAGACUGUCAAUCGUCCGCGGGAGGACAUCAACACUGAAUGAAACGACACUGACACUUUAUUUUUUAAUCAUUUUAUUUUUAUGUAGUCUGUUUAAUCUAGCAAGGAAUAACAACGUUAACAUGCCAAGACUGAAGUGUGGAGAAACUGAGGUAACACGGGGGUUCAUUUUGAAUAUAUUGAAGCCGUAUGCUAACAUUUAGAGGCCAGAAACUAAGUAAAUCGCGCCCGUGUAUUAUGAACGAAUCGUGUUACACUGUUCUUGGCCACGUCUUCAGUAUCUGAUGGCCACAAAUUGUAUAACUUGUGCCAAUGAUGUAAUAUUUGGUGGGAAGGUCAUCAAAAUGUGGCCUCCAUUUUUUUUUUUUUUUUUUUUUUUUUUUUUUUUUGUGUCUCAUUUUUCAUGGUGUGCCAAUACUUUUGGAGUUGACUCUAUCGUGUUGGAUAGUUUUAUUUCAUUGGAAACGUGGAGGUACAUAUAGACAACCCACAAUGGCGUCCGGUCAGCUCAGGGCAAAACUAAUAAACAAACCACCUCGUUUAACUGAAAAAGAGAUAAGACGCUGAAACAUAUACCUGUACCUAUACAGAUUGUUUCUUUAUUAUUUAAAUAGAUAAAUGACUUCCCUUUCUCUCUACAAAUCUAGCCAAUAAACACAGACGAGCUAGCAAACCAGACAAAAAAAAAAAUGGUAGCUGACCCGGUCACCUGGACAACAAACGAAUAGCUUAGGCUCCUACACCAGGAAGUCGAAUCCGAACCACGAAGCACGACACCAGAGCACUCCGUCUGGUCAGAGAUGUCCGAGCUCAUGCAGAUGGUAUGAGAACACAUAUUAGGAACCCACGUUAGGAAGUGAGCGUAGCAUGAGACAUCUGGACAAAGAAGACACACACAGAUCAACACAGAAAUAACACAACCCACAAGGUGCAGAGAAGUAACAACGCUAACUGAUGCUAACUGUGCAUCCGCACGCUCGGGUUCCUAUAUGUUAACAGUAGACAUGGAUUUUGUUGGAUUACAAGCCAGCACUCUGCAAAGGUAUUUUCAUUUUUUUAACCUUUCGUCCAAUCAUACGCUUUGUCAUUCAGUCCAAACAUCAGUUAUAAAUCCACCAAACUGGGCUGAAAAAGGUUAUAUAAAACACAUAGUCAUUUGAAAUGGGGACAUUUUCUGUUGACUGUUAACUGGGAAGUGGAAUGCAUAGACCCCUGAGGGCUAAAGAACACAAAACAGAUCUUGAGACAAUGAAAUCAUCGUUGCAUACAGUGCUGUGAAAAAUGAUUUGCCCCCAUCCUGAUUUUCCUCCGUUUUUGUGUGUAUCUCAUGCUAAAUGGUUUCAGAAAUUAAAACCGAAUCGAAGGUAAAACAAAGGCGACCUGAGUAAACACUAAAUACAGUUUUUUAAAUGAUAAUGUUAUUUAUUGAAGCAAAAAAAGGUGACUGAAAUCCAUCAGUCUAGGAAGGGUUACAAAGCUAUUUCAAAGGCUGUGGGACUCCAGAGAACCACAGCGAGAGCCGUUAUCUCCAAAUGGAAAAACUCGGCACUGUAGUGAAGCUUCCCAGAAGUGUCCGACCUUCCAAAAUUCCUCCGGGUGCACAGCGACGACUCAUCCAGGAAGUCAGAAAAGAGCCAAGGACAACAUCAAAGGACGUACAGGCCUCUCUUGCAUCAAUAAAGGUCACUGUUCAUGACUCCACUAUCAGAAAGACACUGGGGGAAAAUGGCUUCCAUGGAAGAGAGGCGAGGUGAAAACCGCUGCUAACCCGGAAGAUCAUUAAGACUCGUCUGAAUUUUGCUAAAACACACCUUGAUGAUCCUCAAACCUUUUGGGAGAAUGUUCUGUAGAUUGAG